AUGAUUGCCAGUGGUGAAAGCCGCAAGGAAGCUGCUGGCAGGAAUGAAGUGCUGAGCGCUAAAGCAAAAACCAGAAUAGGAUUCUGGAACGUACGUACUAUGUAUGAAACUGGGAAACUUGCACAGGUCACAUCAGAAAUGAGGCGAUAUAAUUUGCACAUUUUGGGAGUUAGCGAGAGUAGAUGGACAGGUUCUGGUAAGAUAAAGACAGAUUCUGGAGAAACAGUUCUGUACUCAGGGAGAGAUGACAACUAUCAUUUUGAAGGAGUAGCCAUCAUCCUCAAGAAAGACACUGAGAAGAGACUUAUGGAAUGGAAACCUGUCAAUAGUAGAUUGAUAACAGCAAAAUUUAAAGGAGUGCACACCAACAUGACCCUUAUACAAUGCUAUGCACCAACAAAUGACAGUGAUGAAGCUAUGAAAGACACCUUUUACGAACAACUACAAGCUGAAGUGAGAUUGGUACCACGUCAUGAUCUAUUGGUGGUGAUGGGUGAUUUGAAUGCCAAAGUGGGAAACAACAACACUGAUAUGGACAGAAUAAUAGGUAAACAUGGAUGUGGUACUAUAAAUGAUAAUGGAGAAAGACUAGUAGAAUUAUGUGCAGCUUACAACCUGGUUGUAGGAGGAACACUAUUUUCACAUCAAGAUAUACAUAAAUUAACAUGGUGUUCUCCAAAUUGA